AUGGUCAUGGCUGUUACUGUGCUACGAGAUCCGUAUGCCAGCGGACCUGCGGCAAUAAAUGCCGGAACACAAUGUUUACAAGAGUUAUCAAAGGCAUAUUUUCGUUCGCCAAGCAAAGAGCACAUACCGAAUUUGGCGAUUAUUUAUAAUCAUGGCUUAUCAUCGCCAGCUGCCGAAAUUCCCGAAGCAUAUUUGAUGAGUGUGCACGAGAAUCUCAUGAACUCCAAUGAGAGUGAGAGAAUGCAAUUAAGAGUCCUCUCCAACACAGACUUUGACAAAAUUUUCAAAACAUCAUUCAUCAAACAUCAUUCAACCCGCGUGCCGACGGAUUUUUACUUGAUGGUAGUCGAUUCCUUCGAAGGGCUGGAAAAAAUUCUACACAAUUUAAGCAAACUAGCGACAUGGAAUCCGUAUGGCAAAUUCAUAAUUUUAUUUAAUAAUCCAAAUGGGCAUCCCGGUUUCGAGCACGACGCGGAUGGCAAAAAGCUUGCGAUGAAAGUGCUGCACUUUAUGUUCAUCGGCCACCAUUCGGUAAACGUUAUUUUUGCAUUUGGUACACGGGUCACGCAAUACGAGUUGUACACCGGCGAUCCGUAUCACGGCGAUGAAAAUGAGUGCGGUAAAAUGAAGCCAAUUUCCGUGGGACAAUGUGUUAACGGUGUGUUUGCGCAGCCAGCGUUAACCUAUUUCAAAAUAAAUCUGCCAAAGGUACCGAAGACAAUGCGGACCUGUACCUUCAAUGUGUGUGCACGCGUUGCCGAGCCAUUCGUUAAUGAUGAUAGAUGUAAGACCGGCUUGGAGAUUAGUGUUGUGAGUCUGCUGAAAUCUGUCAUGGCAUUCAAGGUGAAUGUCACUUGUUUUCCCAGCACUCAAGAUCGCGGCGAGAUAAUCGACACGGGCGUCGGAUGGUCCCAUCUUCUCGGAAAAAUACGCCAAGAUGAGUGCGAUUUCAUUGUCGGCGGUUUCUUUCCAGAUCACGAAGUACACGGAGAUUUCGGGCCAACAAUGCCCAUUUUUCAAAUUGAUUACACAUGGUUUGUGGCUACUGCUCCUUACGAAGCACGCUGGAAAGGUCUCAUCCGAAUUUUUCAAAUGGAAACUUGGAGUGCAUUUUUCGUGGUACUUUUCCUUGCAGCAAUUUCUUGGUUCAUCUUUGGUCGUGCAUUGCCAGAAGACCCACCCCAUCGACGUUUUUCUACUUGCCUCAUGAAUUCAUGGUCCGUAUUUUUGGGAGUUUCAACAAACAACCGUCCUAAUUAUCUCACGCUCAGAAUAUUUUUUGGGUUCCUGACACUUUUUGCCUUGAACGUCAACACAAUUUACACGUCAAAACUCAUCACGGUGUUCACAGGUGCCCUUCGUGACUACCAAAUUGACUCAAUUGAGGAGAUACUCGACGAGGAAUUACCGAUUGGCGGUCCACUUGAAAGCGCCGACUGGUUCGACAACGACGACGAACAGGAUAAACAUGUGCUGAGUUUGUACAAUGUAUCGGAAAACUUUCAGCCGUCGAUCAGCACGUUAAAGCGGAUUAUUCGUGGUAACUCGAGUGCCUUACUUUCGCGUCAAUAUGUGCAACGACAACACCAGUACGAGAGCUACAUGCAUGGCGUAUCGCUGAACGUCUUUUCCAGUGCGGUCGAAAUCAUAUGUGAAAAAGGCUUUCCCCUGCUGCAGGAAUUCAACAGAGUGCUGAGCAAUAUAAACGACAUGGGUUUGACAUAUAAACUAAUGGACGAUUUUAAAUUCAAUACAACCAUUUUGCAGAGGAUUAUAAAUACGGUCGAACACAAUGAGGACGAGGAAUUCCAGGAACAGGGCUCUGAAAUUGUGCUUACACUGGACCAUCUACAAAGUGCAUUCAUUAUUUUCCUCUUCGGCAUUCUUUUGUCUGCUUUUAUCUUUAUUAUGGAAAUAAUUGUAGCGCAUCCUUGGACACAAAGAAAAUUAAGUUUUAUUUGGAAAACAGACGAGAGACGAGCAUUGCGAAAGGCAUCAACACGCGCACCAACGAAACUGCACCAGAAGAGAAAAAAAUGA